AAAUGAAGUGAAGGCUAAUGUAGCAGGUGGUCAAAUCUACGUAGCCUAAAUCAAAAAGAAUAUCAGCACCAUUAAGUGCAUGGCGCACUCUUUCUCGGCAUGUGGUGAAACUGGUGUGCGAUUGUUAAAUAUUUGUGAUUUUUAUCCCGUUAUCAGCAGCGGCAUUGAAACAGAAUUGAUAACAAUGGUUUUACCACAAUGAUAUGUGCAUUUUGCUGCUUAGCAUUAUGAUCAAAUUAAUUCAGUGGGCGCUGAGUGCACUCCAUCGAUUCGAGGGUGCUGUCUCCAUUCCGCGGGCGUGCAAUGUUUGCUUCUCAUUCAUCUUUAUUAUUAGGACAUGUCAGUAUAUGUUCUUUAAAGUUAAUAAGUGACUGUAACAUAACCGCUACUAAAUCCGCUGGUCAAUUCGAUUUAUCGGCAAUUAGCAGCAGGCAACGAAAGUUAGGCGAGUCCAGACUUUCAGCUCCACUUUCCACUGGACAGCGCUCGAGCAGCUGUGGAAUCGAGACAGCAAACGCAUGGAUUUCUUUGGGAUAUUUCAAACGAUGGAAGGAGUUUUUUGGAAGUGAGGUGGAGGACAUUCUUCAAGUGGCCUAAUCUACACCCUAUUACCAACAGGAACAAACAUUUUUGUUUAUUCUCACAUCAACAUGUUAGUGAAUUGGAUAUGGGUCAGUUCACACCGAGAAGAUUUUACCAGAGAAGGAUAAAGGGGAAUUCACUCAGCAGCCCGGGGACCUGAGCGGCCUGAACCCCCUCCCCCCCUGUGAGGGAUCUCCAUAGGCAGGGUGGUGAGUUACAGUGGGCCGAGGAGCACAGUGGGCAGAGGAGUGCACACCACGUUGGUCAGACCAUGGAGUGAGGAGGAAAGAAGGAGAUGCAUAUGUAAGAAAGGAAGAGGAGAUAUCCUUUGAAGAGCCAUCUAAAUUAAUGCUCCUAUUAUAAUUGAGUGCUUCUAAGAGCAAAGCAACAUGAGAGGACGCCUGUUCUGUGCCCACUGCUUCAAGAGGUAUUAUUAAGAUUAACCCUCUGGAUAUAGAGUAGACUAGUGUUCUUUGUGAUCCUGAUUCCGCUGGUUUCUAGAGUGUGUCUUGAUUUGUGUCUGGGCUGUGGUCAUGGUGUCUCAGCCCCAGGGGUGUGCUCUGCAUCGGACUGGCAGGAUCUGUCACAGAGGCAGCCUGAUCAGGCUCUUACUCCUUCUUUACUGCUCUCUCACGGCCGCCCAAGCCGCUAAACCCAAAGUCCCGAGCGGCACACACCUCAACUCCAUCCGCAUCGACGGGGAUAUCUCCCUGGGAGGCCUGUUCCCCGUGCACUCCAGGGGCAACGAAGGCAAAGCCUGUGGGGAGCUGAAGAAGGAGAAGGGGAUCCAUCGUCUGGAGGCCAUGCUGUUCGCCCUGGACCGUAUCAACAACGACCAUUCCCUGCUUCCCAAUAUCACGCUGGGGGCGCGCAUCCUAGACACGUGUUCCCGGGAUACCCACGCCCUGGAGCAGUCACUCACCUUCGUCCAGGCUCUCAUCGAGAAGGAUGGGACGGACGUCAAGUGUCUCGGCGGGGGGGCACCCAUCAUCACCAAGCCUGAGAGGGUGGUGGGAGUCAUCGGAGCCUCGUCCAGCUCUGUGUCAAUCAUGGUGGCCAACAUACUGCGGCUCUUCAAGAUCCCCCAGGUGAGUUAUGCCUCCACGGCACCGGAGCUGAGCGACAACACACGAUACGACUUUUUCUCGCGCGUGGUGCCCCCGGACACCUACCAGGCACAGGCCAUGGUGGAUAUCGUCAAGGCCAUGCGCUGGAACUUUGUCUCCACCGUGGCGUCCGAGGGGAACUAUGGAGAGAGCGGUGUGGAUGCCUUCAUACAUAAGUCUCGAGAGGACGGAGGUGUGUGUAUCUCUCAGUCGGUCAAGAUUCCCCGGGAGCCAAAGCCUGGAGAGUUUGGAAAGGUCAUCCGCCGACUAAGAGAAAACCCAAACGCAAGGGUGGUCAUCAUUUUCGCCAAUGAGGAUGAUAUUAGGCGGCUACUCCAAGCAGCCAAGAAGGCCAACCAGACUGGCCAUUUCAUCUGGGUGGGCUCAGACAGCUGGGGCUCAAAGAUAUCUCCAGUGUUACACCAAGAGGAGAUGGCAGAGGGAGCUGUCACCAUCCUGCCCAAACGCCAGUCCAUCAGAGGGUUUGAUCGUUACUUCAUCAGCCGCACACUGGAGAACAACAGGAGAAAUAUCUGGUUUGCUGAGUUCUGGGAGAACAACUUCGCCUGCAAGCUGAGCCGACACGCUUUGAAGAAAGGUUCCGGGCUGAAGAAAUGCACAAAUCAGGAGCGGAUAGGGAAGGACUCCAACUACGAACAAGAGGGGAAGGUGCAGUUUGUUAUCGAUGCAGUCUAUUCCAUGGCCCACGCGCUGCACAACAUGCACAGGGAGCUCUGUCCAGGGAAGGUGGGCCUUUGCUCUAGGAUGGAUCCCAUCAACGGCACUCUGCUGCUCAAACACAUCCGGAUGCUUAACUUUGCAGGUAUUGCUGGCAACCCAGUGCUUUUCAAUGGGAAUGGAGACGCCCCUGGUCGCUAUGAGAUUUACCAGUACCAGAUCAGAAACCAAACAGCUGAGUACAAAAUCAUCGGGCACUGGACCGACCAGCUCUAUCUGAAUAUCCGAGCAAUGCACUGGCCAGGUGGAGGUCGUCAGAUCCCCUACUCCAUCUGCAGCCACCCCUGCCAGGCCGGAGAGCGCAAGAAAAUAGUGAAGGGCAUCCCUUGCUGCUGGCACUGCGAGCGCUGCGACGGCUACCAGUACCAGGCAGACACCUACAGCUGCAAGAUGUGCCGCUUUGACCUGCGUCCCAACGAGAACCACACGGCCUGCCGUCCCAUCCCCAUUGUCAAGCUGGAAUGGAGUUCCCCCUGGGCCGUCAUACCUGUCCUCAUCUCCGUGGUGGGCAUCAUGGCCACUCUGUUUGUGGUGGUCACCUUUAUCCGCUACAAUGACACGCCCAUCGUCAAGGCGUCAGGCCGCGAGCUCAGCUACGUUCUACUGACGGGUAUCUUCAUGUGCUACGCCACCACUUUUCUCAUGAUAUCUGCCCCUGACGUGGGCAUCUGCUCCCUCAGACGGAUCUUCCUGGGUCUGGGGAUGAGUAUCAGCUACGCAGCCCUGCUCACCAAGACUAACCGCAUCUACCGCAUCUUCGAGCAGGGAUCCAUGUCGGUGAGCGCCCCCAGAUUCAUCUCCCCAGCCUCCCAGCUGGUCAUCACCUUCAGCCUGACUUCGGUGCAGCUACUGGGGGUGUGUAUCUGGUUUGGCGUGGACCCGUCUCAGGCCAUCAUUGACUAUGAGGACCAGCGCAUGGCCAAUCCGGACAUGGCCCGUGGCGUGCUCAAAUGUGACAUCUCUGACCUUUCUCUGAUUUGCCUGCUCGGCUACAGCAUGCUGCUAAUGGUCACCUGCACAGUGUAUGCCAUCAAGACUCGAGGCGUGCCGGAGGCCUUCAACGAGGCCAAGCCCAUCGGCUUCACCAUGUACACCACCUGUAUCAUCUGGCUGGCCUUCAUCCCCAUCUUCUUUGGUACCUCCCAGUCCACAGAGAAGAUGUACAUCCAGACAACCACGCUGACCAUCUCUGUGAGCCUGAGUGCAUCUGUCUCUCUGGGGAUGCUGUACAUGCCCAAGGUCUACGUGAUCCUCAGGCACCCGGAGCAGAACGUUCCCAAACGCACACGCAGCCUCAAGGCUGUGGUCACAGCUGCCACCAUGUCCAACAAGUUCAACCCCAAGGCGAGCCUACGUCCCAACGGAGAAGCCAAGUCCGAGUUGUGUGAGAGCCUGGAAACACAAGCUUUCACCACAAAACAAACAUACAUCAGCUACAGCAACCAUGCAAUCUAGGAGAGGAAGGCCAUCGUCAUUGCUCAGGAUGGUCACCUCGUGGAACAUUUUCUUAUGCAGUGGAAACGGGGGGAAAAAUAGAGCAAGAAAAUGGACAUGGGACAUGUGAGGAUCACUAAAGAAUUUCAUAGGGAGUAGCCAUUGUUAAGGACGGAGAAAAGACAAACAGAGAUGCAGGAAGGGACCCUCAGGGGACCCCAACAGAACAAAUACAGUAUAAUUGUGAUGUUCCAUCUUGUGUUGGCCAUGGCAGACAAGACAAACACUUCCCUCCUGGCCAGAGUACAGAGAGGAUUCAUGCAGGAUGGGGCUUCUAAUCCCUUCUUGUUGUUUACAUUUCUGCGUUACCUUCUCUUUCACUAUGACUUCCCAUCUCAAGCUGAAAAUUGAAAGAAUCUGUUUAGGUGUGUGCAAUUCGCAAUGUUGUAGUCUGCCAGUGUUGUCAUCAGUAAGUGACAUUGCUCUCAGUGCUUCGGGAAGUUGCAGAAACACCAGUUUAAGAGUGGUCCGUCCUUAAAUGUCUAGGAAGACUUUAAAUCAUGUAAUUGUUAAAAGAUAUACAUCUAAAAGUAUUCCAGUUUUUUUUUAAAUACUGGAUGGAAAAAAUUAUUCCAACAAUGCAGGAUACUUGUACUCCAUCAUAAAAAAAAAUAUAAUGAUGUUGACAACAAGGAAUAUGGUCAUUAUUGAUUUUAAGCAUGCCAGUUUGAACAUCCUGUGUUGUGUUGUUAAAAAAAUAAUAUUUAGAAUGCGUUCAAACUAUGUUGCAGUGUCGUUCCCAUUGUUUGGGCCUGAGCCUAUUGUACGUAUUCUCCAAACUGGUCUAGUGAUUGAUCUUUGUUUAUUUGUGCUAAAGUGAGGCCCCUAAAGUGAGGCCCUACAGUGAAAUACCGUAGCUGACCCCAAUCCAUUUCCACCAGCUAUACUCCUGGUCACACAUAGAGGUUUUCAUUUAUUGAUAUGAUUUAUUUAAGCACCAUACACCUACCAGUGCCCAGUCCACAUGGAAUGACACAACACUACUAUAUACAAUUGUCCUUUUACUCAAGGUACAGCUAAGUUGUACAGAUCUAAAUCCAUUAAAAUGGAGAUAAAGUAUGCACUGGCGAGUUGCCACACAGUAUUCAUUCACCCAAGAUGAUAUCCAUCAAGAGACUAAUUCAUCACACCAAAAAAAUGUCAUCUCUGAGGACUGUCAUGUUCUGUAAAAUGCUUCAGGGAUAUGUUCGUAUACUUUAUGACUGAUGCCUCAAGCUGCAGAAAAUAACCUACUCAAGACAAAAUGCAAAAGGAUCCAGUACUCAUUUCAGUCGCCUACAGCUCUCUGAAUAAAUACAAUAUAUGACCAAAAGUAUAUGGACACCUGAUCGUCGAACAUCUCGUUCCAAAAUCAUGGUCAUUAAUAUGGGGUUGGUCCCCCCUUUGCUCCUGUAACAGCCUAUGCUCUUCUGGGACGGCUUUCCACUAGAUGUUGGAACAUUGCUUCGAGGACUUGCUUCAAUUCAGCCACAAGAGCAUGAGUAAGGUAGGGCACUGAUAUUAGGCGAUUAGGCCUGGCGGGUUGAGUUCAGGGCUCUUUGCAGGCUAGUCAAGGUCUUCCAUACUGGUUUCAACAAACCAUUUGUCAGGCUGAAACAGGAAAGGGCCUUCCCCAAACUGUUGCCACAAAAUUGGAAGCACAGAAUAAUCUAGUAAGUCAUUGUGUGCAGUAGCGUUAAGAUUUCCCAUCACUGGAACUAAGUGGCCUAGCCCGAACCAUGAAAAAUAGCCCCAGACCGUUAUUCCUCCUCCACCAAUCUUUGAAUUUGGCACUAUGCAUCCAGGCAGGUA